AUGUCGACUAGAGCCACGCCGGAGCUUUCCUCCAGCUCCAAACGCCACUUCCACUGGACCAACAAGGUUGGAACCGAAGAAGACGACGAAAUCCCCCCACCAACCGCCGCCAAAUCCUCUGCAAUUCCAACCCUCAAGCAUUCCGCUUCCUGGGUCAUUAGAGACGAGAGCAGCAGCACCAAAUCCAGAAGCGGAAUCCCGACUCCGCGAAAGAAGCUUCCCGCCGUUGCCGUAGCCAGGCUCCGAUCCGUACUCUCCACGUUCGGCAGGAACCGUCUUUCGUCGGGUCUGGGUCACCGGGUCGUGGGUACCCUGUUCGGGUCGCGAAACGGGCACGUCAAUUUCGCCUUCCAGAAAGAACCCACUUCCCCACCUGCCUUCCUGAUCGAACUGGCGACGCCAAUUAGCGGGCUGGUGAAGGAAAUGGCAUCUGGGUUAGUCAGAAUUGCCCUGGAGUGCGACAAGAAGCAAGAAGGUAACCAUAGGCAGAGUCCUAGCAAUUGUGGCCCGGUUCGGCUGCUGGAGGAGCAAAACUGGAGGGCAUUCUGCAACGGGAAGAAAUGCGGGUUUGCAGGGAGGAAAGAGUACUGUGGGGUGAAAGAGUGGAAGCUGCUGAAAGCUCUGGAGCCGGUCUCGAUGGGGGCCGGGGUUAUGCCGAGCUACGGGGAAGGUGAGAGGACGGAGAUCAUGUACAUGAGAGCUAAGUUCGAGAGGAUUGUUGGGUCCAGAGAUUCCGAGGCUUUCUACAUGAUGAAUCCCGACAGCAAUGGCGCCCCUGAGCUCAGCGUCUAUCUGCUUAGAGUCUAG